AUGCUCAUUGGCUUGUGUGGCGGUAUCUGCGCCGGCAAACAUACCAUUGCCGAAUACUUGAUUCAGGUCCAGGGCUUUCAGCUCCUUGAGCUCUCCUACAAACGCCGCCAUCACAUCGCCGACGAGCCCGACGAUGACCUCCGCCUACAAGCCUCGCAGAUUCGCAAGAGAAGCGAUGUUCAAUCCGCAGACCUGGUCUUCGAAGACGCCGAUACCCUGCUCGAGUUCGCGACCAAGCGAUGGCAAGAACGCUGGGUCACCACCGAUAUUGCCGAUGGCAACACCCUCGACCGCUUCCUUCUACGUCCCUUCUUUCUCCUCGUGAGUGUCGACGCCCCCGUAAGUCUGCGAUGGAAGCGUUUCACCGACCGGUGCCGGAGAAGACAACUGGACCCACCCGACCUGGAAAAGUUCGUGCUCUGGAAUGACCGUCACCUGUACGAGCGGGACCUCGGCAGGGUCUAUCUCACCGAUCGAGCCCAGGUACGCUUGUUCAACUCCUCAUCCUCCCUCCAGGAACUGCACCACGCUCUCCAGGCGCUCGAGCUCGCCGAUGAGCAACGACUGCGUCCAAACUGGGAUCAAUACUUCAUGCAGCUGGCUUCUUUGGCGGCCCAGCGGAGCAAUUGCAUGAAAAGACGGGUAGGCUGUGUGCUGGUUCGGGAACAGCGAGUGAUCAGCACCGGGUACAAUGGGACUCCCCGACACCUCACGAACUGUAAUGAAGGUGGAUGCCCGAGGUGCAACCGUGGAGAUGGAGGCGGCGUUGGCCUCUCGACCUGUCUGUGUAUCCACGCCGAGGAGAACGCGCUGCUCGAAGCGGGUCGAGAACGGAUUCGGGAGGGAGCCAUUCUGUAUUGUGACACGUGUCCCUGUUUGACCUGCACCGUCAAACUUGCCCAAGUGGGCAUCUCCGAGGUGGUUUACUCUCAAAGCUACAACAUGGACCGAGAUAGCGCCGCGAUUCUCGAGGCUGCUGGUGUCCGCCUGCGACAGUUCAGUCCGCCCUCUAACGGACUCAUCUAUUUACAGGAUACUGGGGAGAAGACCGUCAACUAG